GCGUCGUCUCUGUAUACCAGACUUAUGGAGGGCGGUAGCGCUGCUACACAGCAGGAGAGGACCUCCAGCGUCGACUGGAGAAACCAACAGCAGAACAAGUGCUUCCCCAUCGAGUGCUUGCCCGAAGAUGGAGCCUUCAAUGCACCUCUCACUGGACUUCCUCCUGUUCCCUCCCUCAUUAAGAAGCUGCUGUCCGAGUUCCUGGGAACUUUUAUCCUGAUCUUCGCAGCGGCCGGAACUGCGAUCAUGAACGAGAAAUCCCACGGAGCUCUUGGAGUCCACGGCCUGGCUGGAGGAGCGGGUAUCACGGUCAUGGUCGUCAUCUUUGCAACCGGGCACAUCUCCGGAGCUCACAUCAAUCCUGCUGUAACUGUCGCAUUUGCUACCUAUCGCCAUUUUCCAUGGUUCCAGGUCCCGCUUUAUAUAAUCACUCAAGUGGUGGCCACCAUCUGUGCUGCCUUCGUUCUCAAAGGCGUCUAUCACCCGGAUCUCAGUGGCGGCUGCACGGUUCCAGUCGGUCCGAUAUGGCAGAACUUUCUGUUUGAGACUAUCCUGACUGCCAUGAUGAUGUUCGUGGUCACAGCAGUUGCUACCGAUUCCAGAGCUGUUGGAGAGUUGGCUGGUAUUGCUGUCGGAGCAACAGUUUAUCUGAACAAUCUCAUUGCAGCGCUGAUUUCCGGAGCGUCCAUGAACCCGGUUCGUAGCUUGGGUCCCGCCAUCGCUGCGAACAACUUUCAUGGCUUUUGGAUUUAUAUUGUUGGUCCUUUCCUCGGCGCUCAGAUUGGUGCUGCCGCCUACACUCUGAUCCGUUUCAAGGACCUGGAACCACAGCAGCUCCAGCAGCGCCGAAGCUUCAAGAAGUGAGAGCAGAAGCAGGGAAGAAUGUACAAAGCUAUUUGUGUGCUGUUUGUGCUCAAUAACUUCGGAUGAAAUAAGCGAGGAAAACAAGAAAGCAAACAAGAAAGCAAUCACGAAUCAUGUGGAUUGAUGUGUGUGGUAUGUACUACAGAAGACAUUUUCAAGUGUGCAUAAUUCAAAUCCUAAAGAAAAGAAAAAA